AUGGCAUGGAAGGUGGAUCAAAACACUUAUGCGGAAGAGAAAUUGUGGAUCUUUGGGAUCGAAUAUGUACAAACCUUGGAGCAAGUUGAAGAUAUCUCUAAGAAGAGGUCUCUAGAUCUUCGGUUGUUAUAUGGAGUAGCGUACGGCCAUUCUUGGUUUGGAAGGUGGGGAUACAAGUUUUGCCGUGGAAGCUACGGUGUGACCAAGAGCGAUUACGAGAAUGCUAUAGAGCUUUUAGGUUCUCUUGAACUUGAUCAGGUUGAAUCUGAUUUCAAUGAGCAUAAACAGUUCAAAGAGGUCAAGCAGAUCUUCAGGUACUACAGAGACAUGAGUGAAGGUCGUUUAAAGACGUUGAGAGAUCUUUUGAGGUUUAUGCUCAUUAUAAAGUCACAUGCUCAGCAAAGUAGUAAGCUUCGUGCAGCGGUUUUGCCUCCUACAAUGGAGAGUCCUCAUUCAAAAAGAUCCAACAGACUGUUCUUGAAGAAGAGUGAUGCUGUGGAGAAUGAGAAGUCUUCUAAGAGGUUUAGGAUUUAUAGCGAUGUUGCAGCUAAUUUGGGAAGUAGAUGGCCAGUGAGGAGACUUGAAUACGCAGCUGAAGUGAUUGUAGAGUCACUGAAAGAGAUGAAAACGUUGAAUCAGAACGGUAUGACUCGUCAAGAUGUGAGGGAUGCAGCAAGAUUACAUAUGGAGACACUGAACACAAAUGUGCUUUUGGAUUACCCUGAAUCUGAAACCGUGAGUAUCGAUCCAAGUUUGAUUGAUCUGAGAUCAGAACAGAUCAAUGAGCUUCCACCAGGAGAGUUAGUCACAGUCUUGCUGCAAGCCACAGUCUUUGAUCUGAAACAAGCUAUUGAAGACACUUUCAGAGAUACUUAUUGCAUUCUAACAAACUUCACGGUGAAUGAGAUCGAUGAGCUUGAGGAAGAUGAUAGGAAUUUGCUGUUUGGAAGAGUGGAGAAUUGCUCUGCUUUGACAGUGAGAGGGUUUGGGAUUGAGGAAAUCGAAGCUCAAGUUUCAAGGUGGGUGUCAUACGUGGAUGGUGAAAUGUGUUUGCAAAGCUAG